GAGAAACUGACGAGAUUUUCCAGCUGAAAGUUAAAAUAAAAGAAGGAGAAAAAUAAUAAGCGAUUCAGUAUAAGUAUAGAUAUUCCUAACACACUAUUCUUAAAGAACAUCUUCAGAUUAGUAAAGGAGAAAAAAAAUCAUGUUUCUCUGUGUUUACAGCCAGAUUUCAUCUAGUUGGAACGUAAAACAGAUGAGCUACAUGAGUUUACUACUCAUACUACUGAUAAAAUCAGUUAUAAUACAGUCCGGUUCAUUAAUGAUAAGUGCUAAUGAAACAACGAACAAUUUAAAUGUACAAGAUGAACAGCAAAGAGCUCAAGCAUUAGCCAAACUAAUGUCCCUAUUCUACACAAGUGAUGCAUUCAAUAAGUAUAUGGAAAAUCUGGACGCGUAUUACAUGCUUAGAGGAAGACCCAGGUUUGGAAAACGCAGUUCAUACCCCUUUGAAGACACCGAUGGUCCUACUAAGAGUUAUCGCCCAAAUACUUAUCGACAUCAACAGUUGCGGAAGAAAUAUUUAUCACAGAAUGCGGACAAUGACUAUGAUGAAGGCUUAGUUAAAAAGUGAACUGACUCUGAAAAAAUACCAUCUAUCAUAAAUAUUGUUAGUGAUUAGUACAGUAUAUGUACUUGUUUGCAUUUCUACAAGUAAAAUGAG